AGCAGCCAGGACAUGACCUGGUGCCCAUAUGGGAUGUUGGAACAUGGAGAGGGAGGAUUAACCAAUUGAGACAUGUUGGUCGCAGAAUAUGGAUUUCUUAACCAGUUAGUUUAAGUGCCUACUUCUAGAGGAAAUAGUUUGUAAGUAGAGUUAACUAUCUGUGCUUCUGAGGAAGUUUUCCCUGCCCCGGUUUUCUUCCACAAGUGUUUCUUUUAAAGGUUUAUUUAUUUGAAAAGCAGUGGCAGAUCGUCCAUCUGCUGAUUGACUUCCUAAUUGGCUAUCACAGCUGUAACGUGGUCAGGAACUCCAUUCGGGUCGCCACGGGCAGCAGGGUCCAAGCACUUGAGCUAUCUAUCAUCUGCUGCUUUCUGGGCACAGGAUCAGAGGCAGAGUAGCAGGGACUCACACUGGCAUUCUGAUGGGGGAUAUAGACGUCCUUGUUGUGGCUUAACCUGCUUAUUGUAGUGCCUGGCUUCCUCCCAAGGUGUUAUUUUGUUUGGUAUUUUCUAUUUUCAGUCUGUCCUUUUGACUUGAUUUUUUCCCAUUCUGCUCAUAGACAUUUUUGAAUCUUCAUGUGGAUUCUGCCCCCUUUAUAUUUUCAUCCUUUUUCCUUUUCCCUAGCAAACAUCUUAGAAGAAUAAAACCUCAGUUAAUAUCUCCACUUUUCCAGCUACCUUUUGUAUUUUAGUCACUCAGUUAUGCUUCAUGAUUGAGAUAGAGCUUAGCUGUCAUUAUAACCAAUAAUAUGUGAAAUUGGCAUUUGCUGUAGCGCUUUCAUCAUGGACAUUGUCCACCUCGUUUUGUGUGCCUUAGCACACACUUCUGUGUUCAAGAAGUUUUUUUUUUUUUUUUUUAAGAUCAUUUUGGAUCAGGAAAAUUAUUUCCCUUGAAAAUUUCUGGUAUGUUUCUUCCCUUUUUAUAUAUUUAUUAAACUCAUUCUGGUUUUCUUUUUUCUGGGCUACCAGGUAGCCCAGAUAAAUCUGGCCUUAAGUAACUGCAGCUGUGUAAAUCUUGCCACUAGUGUAUUUGUUUCCUCAUCCGCCUCCUGCUGAGUUUAGGACCUCACCUCUUAUCUCUGUUUCUCUGCGUGUUGAUUUCAUUCUCUCAUACUGCAGACUCUCUACUCCAUGAGGCUGGAACCAUGACUACCGGCAGCUCUUGACUCUCCUCUUCCCAGACCCUUCUACCAGAAGAAGGGUUGUCUUGAAGAAUCCUGGGAAAGACUCUGAUUGGCCUGUCUUGGAUCAUGUACCCAUCAUCCCUGUGGCUGGAGUGGGGAGGGUAUGAAUGGCAACCUUCAAUAGAACUACAUAGUUGGAGUCAGGGAGAUGUGAACUGUGUCCCCAUAAGGAUGGAGCUUUAAAAAGAACAGAUAAUGGGGGUUGGGCUCAUGUGGUUUGUGCCCUGUAUAUCCCAGAGGUACAGUUUGCCAAUGUUGCUACAAUGGAACCAAUCGUUUUACAGUCUGUUCCUCAUGAUCGUUAUAAUAAGACUUGCUACAUUUGUGAUGAACAGGGACGAGAAAGCAAAGCAGCCACUGGUGCUUGCAUGACAUGUAAUAAACAUGGAUGUAGACAGGCUUUCCAUGUAACUUGUGCACAGUUUGCUGGACUACUUUGUGAGGAAGAAGGUAAUGGUGCAGAUAAUGUCCAAUACUGUGGCUACUGUAAAUACCAUUUUAGUAAGCUGAAAAAGAGCAAACGGGGAUCUAAUAGGUCAUAUGAUCAAAGUUUAAGUGAUUCUUCCUCUCACUCUCAGGAUAAACAUCAUGAGAAAGAGAAAAAAAAGUAUAAAGAAAAGGACAAACACAAGCAGAAACACAAGAAGCAACCAGAACCAUCGCCUGCACUGGUUCCAUCCUUGACUGUUACUACAGAAAAAACUUAUACAAGUACUAGCAACAACUCGAUAUCCGGAUCAUUGAAGCGGUUGGAAGAUACCACAGCUCGGUUUACAAAUGCAAAUUUCCAGGAAGUGUCUGCACACACCUCUGGUGGAAAAGAUGUUACUGAAACUAGAACAUCAGAGAGUAAAGGAAAGAAAUCUUCAGCUCACAACUCAGGUCAGCGGGGCAGAAAGCCUGGAGGCCGGAACCCUGGGCCUGCUGUGUCCGCUGCUAGCCCCUUUCCGCAAGGGAAUUUUUCAGGAACUCCAGGCAGUGUCAAAUCAUCUUCGGGGAGUUCUGUGCAGUCUCCCCAGGAUUUCUUGAACUUUACAGACACAGAUCUGCGUAAUGACAGUUACACUCACACCCAACAGUCAUCGUCAACCAAAGAUGUCCAUAAAGGGGAGUCUGGAAGCCAGGAGGCGGGGGUAAAUAGUUACAGCUCCUUAAUUGGUCUCCCGUCCACAUCAGCUGUUACAGCUCAGCCUAAAAGCUUUGAAAAUUCACCUGGAGAUUUGGGCGGUUCCAGCCUGCCCACAGCAGGAUAUAAACGGGCUCAGACUUCUGGCAUAGAAGAAGAAGCUGUCAAGGAAAAGAAAAGAAAAGGAAAUAAACAAAGUAAGCAUGGGCCUGGUAGACCCAAAGGAAACAAAAAUCAAGAAAAUGUUUCUCAUCUCUCAGUUUCUUCUGCGUCACCAACAUCAUCUGUAGCAUCAGCUGCAGGAAGUAUAGCAAGUUCUGGCCUUCAGAAAUCGCCUACCUUGCUCAGGAAUGGAAGUUUACAAAGUCUUAGUGUUGGCUCAUCUCCAAUCGGUUCAGAGAUUUCUAUGCAGUAUCGGCACGAUGGAGCUUGUCCAACAACUACUUUCUCAGAGUUGCUGAAUGCAAUACAUAAUGGUAUUUACAACAGCAAUGAUGUAGCAGUAUCAUUUCCAAAUGUAGUGUCUGGCUCAGGAUCUAGUACUCCUGUCUCCAGUUCCCAUGUACCUCAGCAGUCAUCUGGGCAUCUUCAGCAGGUGGGAGCGCUCUCUCCCUCAGCUGCAUCGUCUGCAACCCCUGCUGUUGCUACAACUCAGGCAAAUCCUCUGACUGGAGCCUCUCUCAGUCAGGCACCAUCUCAUAUGUAUGGCAGUAGAUUAAGUACAACUUCAUCCAUGGCAGCUCUUAUAGCUCAGUCUGAAAAUAGUCAAACAGAUCCAGAUCUUGGAGACAAUAGCCGCGGCCUGGUCGGCAGAGGAAGCUCACCCCGAGGAAGUCUCUCCCCACGAUCGCCUGGCAGCAGCUUACAGCUUCGCUAUGACCAACCAGGCAGCAGCAGUUUAGAAAAUCUGCCUCCAGUCGCAGCGAGCAUAGAGCAGCUUCUGGAGAGGCAGUGGAGUGAAGGGCAGCAGUUCCUGCUGGAGCAGGGGACUCCUAGUGACAUUUUAGGAAUGUUGAAAUCAUUACACCAACUACAAGUUGAAAAUCGAAGAUUAGAGGAGCAAAUUAAAAACUUGACUGCCAAAAAGGAGCGUCUCCAGUUACUAAAUGCACAGCUUUCAGUGCCUUUUCCAACAAUUACAACAAACCCUAGUCCGUCUCAUCAAAUUCAUGCAUUCUCAGCACAGACUGCCCCUACUACUGACUCUUUGAACAGCAGUAAGAGCCCUCAUAUAGGAAACAGCUUUUUACCUGAUAAUUCUCUUCCUGUUUUAAAUCAGGACUUAACCUCCAGUGGGCAAAGCACCAGCAGUUCAUCAGCUCUUUCAACCCCGCCUCCUGCUGGGCAGAGUCCAGCUCAGCCAGGCUCAGGAGUCAGUGGAGUCCAGCAGGUCAAUGGUGUGGCAGUGGGCGCGCUGGCCGGUGGGAUGCAGACUGUGACAUCUAGCCUUCCUGCUGUGUCUGCAGUGGGUGGAAUAAUUGGAGCUUUGCCAGGAAACCAACUGGCAAUCAAUGGCAUUGUGGGAGCUUUAAAUGGGGUCAUUCCAACCCCUGUCACGAUAUCCCAGAACCCAGCCCCUCUCACACACACAACUGUACCACCUAAUGCAACACAUCCAAUGCCAGCUACACUGACUAACAGUGCCUCAGGACUAGGAUUACUUUCUGACCAGCAAAGACAAAUACUUAUUCAUCAACAGCAAUUUCAGCAGUUAUUAAAUUCUCAACAGCUUACACCAGAACAGCAUCAAGCCUUUCUCUAUCAGUUAAUGCAACAUCAUCACCAGCAGCACCACCAGCCUGAACUGCAACAGCUGCAGAUCCCUGCGCCAACCCAGAUUCCCAUCAACAACCUUCUCGCAGGCACUCAGGCGCCCCCACUUCACACAGCCACUACCAACCCAUUUCUGACCAUUCAUGGAGAGAACCCAAGUCAGAAAGUCACACGACUUAGUGAUAAAACCGGGCCUGUGGCUCAAGAGAAAAGUUGACACUUGAAAAACAUCCAGAAAUCACCUCCCCUGCUGUUCUGGUACACUUCGUUGGCUGCUGCUGCAGUCUGUUUAUUACAGCUAUGAAGAAAUUCAACAAGAGACUAACCACACAACACAGGAUUACAAGCAUGUUCUUGUAAGGCUUUAAUUUUCUUAUUGCUCUGUUGCACCAACAUGGAAUUCCCGAACUUCCUGACCCCACAUCUUUUGAUCUUUCAAACAAAAUUUAGUAAUUCUGUCAAUGAAUUUAUAUGCAAUGAGUUUUUCCACCCAAAAAAAUUUUAUAGCAAAAGUAGAUGUGCACCAGCUACAUUAAAUUGGAAGUGUGAACAACAAAGCUAGACUUGUUCUGUUUACGAGCUACUUCAUUUUACAGACUGGAUAUGAAAUAGGAUCUUCUGUUCACAUUAAAAUAUACUUGCUCUCAGAGUCAGAUCUCAAAACAAAUUUCAAGGGAUUAAUUUCUUCUGGAGUUUCAUUGGUUAAAUAUUGCAAAUAUUUAAUAUAGAUCAUCAACUAGUACUUGGCAAUCUUUGUUUAAACAAUUUCCUUCUAAUGGGAUUUGGCCCAUUUUGGUAAUCAAGUUAGGAUGGUAUUGUCUGCUUCUGCUACUGGCAAUUUCCUUUUGCUAAGUGCUUUUUCUUUAGUGUUAGGACUAUUCAGAUUUUAAAAAGUCCUUGAGUUCUAAGGCUGCUGGGGGAAAUGAGGUCAAUGAAAGCAGAAGACUUCUUUCGGAAAGAGAGGCCACUCUGGACACUGCUGUGGGGUUGGCCUUCACAAGUGCCUGCAUUGUUGUGAUGGCUCCAGACAGCAGAGCCUGAGCUACGGGGAGUCCUCGGGAAGCAGCACCAGCAGCCUUCCCCAGGCUUCCGCCUUCACUGAAAACUUUCUAUGCCACUGUAGAUAGCUCAGGCAAAACCAGUACUUGGGUAUUUAUCCACUAAUGAAUCACAAGAAAAUGAAUGGACUUGGUAAGAAUAUAUAUUUGUUUCAUUUAAUCUUCUUCCCAUUGCUGACCAUUUAAACAAGUCAACAAAACAACCAACCCAACCAACACAAACACACCACUACCUUCCUGGAACAGGUGAGACCUAAAUUACAGCCUGUCUACUUUGGGUAGCCACGCUCUUGCUGUGAGAUAUGGCAGAGGGGUAAAUUAAACAACUGGGGAUGUGAUCAUCGGACUGUUCUUAAUGUGUGGAUUAUUAGUGGAAAAGACCCAGCUAUAAUUAGACCUCCACUGUGUGCUUAGCUGGAAGAACAUGUUAAUUCUGCAAUAUGUCUCUUGGUUAAACAUUGCACAGUUCUUACCUCAUUUCUGUAAAUAAAGUUUUGUGAAUCUGUUUUGUAUUGUGAAAAAUUCAUAAGAUAACAUUGAUAUUUUGAUUUGUAAUAUUUCUAAUUGGUAGAUUUAAUGGAAAAUUAAAAUUAAUUUAUUUUUAUAUGUUCUGGGGAAUUUUAAACAAAGUCAGAUCUUUUGUAGAUAAUUUAAAAAAAAUCAGUGUGGUUUAUUUUACUUCUUUAACCCACUGGUUGUUAUUCUGUAACAAUUUGUACAAAUGGUAAAUUUUGAAGGUGUUAUUUUACCUAGAUGUAAAAUUCCACAUGUAUCAAAAGAAAAUGUACAAAGUUUUGUUAAUAAAAUUUAAUAA